AUGUCUGGACGUGGUAAAAGCGGUGGAAAAGGUCUCGGCAAGGGUGGUGCCAAACGUCACCGUAAAAUUCUGCGUGACAACAUCCAAGGUAUCACCAAACCCGCAAUUCGUCGAUUAGCACGAAGAGGAGGUGUGAAGCGUAUCUCUGGACUCAUUUAUGAAGAGACACGUGGUGUUCUGAAAAUCUUUCUCGAGAAUGUUAUUCGAGAUUCUGUCACAUAUACUGAACACGCCAAAAGGAAAACUGUCACUUCGCUCGAUGUUGUAUACGCUCUCAAAAGACAAGGAAGGACUCUUUACGGCUUCGGUGCAUGA